AGGAGAUUGCGCUAUCGAUACGGAAGCUAGCAGAGCAUGGAGAUACCGCCUCCGAAUGAGAGAUUCCAGCCCACGAUGCCGCGAUGGCGCACCAGCGAGCUGCUCGCGCUUAGUCAGCAACUCUCGCCUGGAGGACAGUUCCCCGGAUCGGAUUCCAAGUUUCUGAUCGAUGACACCUUGUUAUCGGAUCUCAUGGAUCUGGACCCUCUGUGCGAUCAGAGCGGGGAGCCGUGGGUGGCUGCGGGACAAGACUUCAGCCUCCCCUUCGCGGCUUUCUCCCCGGGACAGUUCUCCCCAGGUAAUUUCUCCCCGUCCGCCAUGUCGCCGCAGCCUCAAUCGCAGGCAUCUCCAAAUUCGCAGCUCUAUGCGCAGGUGAAUUCUGGCAUGGCAGUGCCUGGUGGGCAUUUAUCCCCCAGGGAAAUAUUGGUCCAGGAUGGUGGGCUUACUCCUUCCCCGUCGCGCUUGGUCGACCUCUUGGAGCAGCCCUCGACUUCUGAAGGGUAUCUUGUUGCUAUGUCCCCCGGUACCAGUGCAAAUUUUGCAGAGAUGUCUCAAAUUUACCUGUCGAAUGGUUCAACAGCCAAUUCCCAUGCCAAUCUCCAUAGCAACUCCCAUGGCGCCAUGGUGAAUGAAAGAGUGAUUAAUCUGGGGAAUAACAGGUCGAACUAUGGGAGAAAUUGUUUGACGGUAACCAACGCGACCAUGGAGAGGAAUCCGGAAGGCGAGUCCUUACUCAGGCAAGCGGAACUGCGUGACGAAUACGCGGGCCAGCCAAUGGAUCCAGCUGCAUUCGAGUACAUUAAUGCGACGCAGGAUGCGCAAUAUGACAUGGUCACAAAGUCGGAGACGUCAAAGAAGAGGUUGGUAGUAACGGGGGGCUCGCUGACGCUCAAGGAGCGAAUUACGCAGGCGCUGCGUUUUAUUGGAAGGUCAUGUGUGGAUGUGCUGGCUCAAGUAUGGAUGCCGGUGCGGACCGCGGAUAAUCAAACGGUGCUCUCCACACGCGAGCAGCCGUUUGUGCUGGAGCGGAAAACGGAUCGCAUGUGGACGUACCGCUCCAUUAGCGAGAACUAUGUAUUUGCCGUGACGGGUGGGUUUCCUGGGCUGCCAGGCCGGGUCUACUUGCAGCAGGUGCCGGAGUGGACUCCGAAUGUGCAAUUCUACAGUGAUCACGAGUACCUUAGAGUGAAGCACGCAAUGGCAUGUGACGUGAAGGGUACGCUUGCGGUCCCAGUGUUCGAGGCAAGCUCUCGGAAUUGUUUGGCUGUGAUUGAGCUUGUGAUGAAGGCUGAGAAGGUUCAGUAUGCUCCGGAGAUUGACAUCAUCUGUCGGGCUCUGCAGGCUGUCAACUUGUCAUGCACGGAUGGGAUGGAGCUUCCAGCUUUAGAGUUUCGAACACAGGGCCGGCGUGCGGCGCUUGCAGAGAUCAGCGAAGUGCUGACCGCCGUGUGCGAGACACAUAAUCUGCCGUUGGCACAGACGUGGGUUCCCGGGAGUCACCAUUCGGUGGACAAACCCAGCAGCAACAAGAAGUGCCGCGUCGAAAGCGGCACUAACAGCAAGAGCUCCGGCGGGAGCCACAGCAGCAACCGUGUCUGUCUGUGCACUGGCGAUGGGCCUCACUAUGUAAAAGACAGCAAGAUGUGGGGGUUCAGGCAAGCAUGUUUAGAGCAUUAUCUAGAGAAGGGGCAGGGUGUUCCUGGUAAGGCUUUUGCCUCCAAUCAGCCAGCUUUUGAGAGCGAUGUAAAAAAUUACAGCAAGAUUGAGUACCCGCUUGGACAUUACGCGCAGUUAUUUGGCCUUACAGCGGCAGUUGCGAUUCGUUUAAGAAGUAUUCAUACUGGGGCUGACGACUUCGUUCUGGAGUUUUUCCUCCCGGUGAAGUGCAUCAGCAGUGAUGAUCAACAGGUGAUGUUAAACUCCCUAUCGAUCACGAUGCAGCGUGUGUGUCGAAGCUUGAGAACUGUAACGGACAAGGAGUUGGCGGAUGAGCUGAAGGCUGCCAGCGCAGAGGAGAGCACCGAGGCGGAAAGCAAUCCCCCCAAGCCGGUGGAUCCUGCGGAAGAGCAGAGAAAUGCCGCUGCUUCUGGGAUUGAGUUGCCUCCUUCAGAAAAUGCAACGGAAAAUCCUACUGUACAAGAGAAGCAACCACAGCAGAUCUCACAAGAGAUUCCAGCGUUGCCUUUGGAGCGUUCUCAGUCACUUGUCAGUGAGAAAGCCCAAGUGGGAGAGUCCAACGAUAAUGUUGAGCCACUGCAGCUUUUCGAGAAGCAACCGGCCAUACAGGUGCCUGGAGCUGCGCGGACGUUUACAAGUACAGCCCAGAAAGCCGCGAAUCAGAACCGGAGGCUGGACAGGAGGAGAGGGACUACGGAGAAGACCAUAGGUCUGGACGUUCUGCAGCAGUACUUCGCAGGUAGCUUGAAAGAUGCAGCCAAGAGCAUUGGCGUGUGUCCAACCACUCUGAAACGAAUUUGUCGCCAACACGGUAUCUCAAGGUGGCCGUCACGGAAAAUCAACAAGGUGAGCCGAUCCUUGAAGAAGCUCCAGGGCGUGAUCGAGUCCGUUCAGGGCGCGGACGGAACGCUUCGCAUUAAUGCGUUUAGCGGUGAUAUUGCCUCUGCAGCGGUUGCUGCCGCUGCAGUCACCAGCACGGUGCCAGCAGCUAAGGAUACAACCACAGAAGACGGUCGAUCAGCUGCUUCCCCUAGUGAGGCCUGUCACAACCAACACGACGGAAUAAGUAACGGCGAGAGCAACCAGACUCCAUUAUCUGUGGAAGACGAGGACUCCUCGCCGCAUGAUAUCCAACGUCUCCGUCAUCCCACAGGGGCUUCUAACUUGAGCAUGGCCCGCGCAGAGCCCAAAGUCCCUGUAAACUUAGCCAACGCCAAUGGCACGAGGCCAUCAUUACCCAUUGAUCACACCAGAGAUCGAAAUUCAGAUGAAAGCUCUGGAGGAGCUGAAUUCGGCUCGACAAACCACGGUGGAGCAGACCAGGACUUCUACGCGGUGUCGGCCGAGCAGGAAUCUGAUGGCACGGGCAGGAAGUUGGACAUCAAAGAAGUUAGCGCUAAGGACCCACCCACAUUGUAUAUUCCUAACGGAAGCUCCAACCCCAGCCAUAGUGGUGGAUCAGAUUGGGAUCGCUCUCCAAACGGCAGCAUGUCAGACUUUGGGCGUAACACAGAUUCUGGCAGCGGAACUGGAUUCAAUGGGGGCGCUAUAUGUGUCGAGUCGCGGGUUCACGGCGGUGCCAGUGCGUUAGCUGCAUUACGGGACUCUGAUUUGAGUUCUUAUGGGAACCCUUGCGAUUAUGAGCGUUACGCGCUGGAUGAUUCCCCGCGGGAAGUGACUGGUGCUCAUCGAACAGGGUCAUCGCAUCAUAAUGGUAGCGAUUCGAGCUCCCCAUCGUCAGGUGCAGGAGGCUAUGCUCGCAAGCAUUACUGGCCGGUUCCCGUUGUGGAGCCGGAGGCCGUGACCGUGAAGGCGACGUUCCGGGCCGACACGGUGCGAUUCAAGCUGCUGGUGGGAUCAGGAUACUUAGAUCUGAGAAAUGAGAUCAGUCGGCGGUUGAAAGUCGAUGAGCACGGGUUUGAUCUGAAGUACUUAGACGACGAGGAAGAGUGGAUGCUAAUUACUUGCGAUGCCGACGUCAAGGAAUGCAUUGAUGUGGCGCAGACGCUGGGCCGGCACACCGUGAAGCUAAUGGUGCGUCAGAGCGGAUCGUGGACCUCGAGUGGGAACAACUCUAACGUCAGCCUGCAGGACAUGAACUGUCACGCUGCUUAGAUAUGAGACGAGAAUUCGCUCGAGGGUUUAUAUUGACUGGACGAACACUACCAGAAUCGUUCCUUCUAGUGGAUUCAGACUGGUAUUCUUGGAUGUUCUUCCUAGAUGCUUGGAUUCAGGACAGUUUGUCAAGGUGGAAGAAUCUUUUUUUCACGCCAACCAGUGAGUGAUUGCAAUUUUUGUGCUUGGAGAAAAUUACAUUAGAAUUAGUUGACGACACACCUGAAGGAGAGCAAAUGGAGACCGAUUGCAUGGGAGGCACAGCAGCCCAAAGUCUACCGAACUGGUAGAAACGGAGCCUAAUCUUCCCCAUCUUCGCUGCACUCUAUUAUUUAAUCAUUUUAAAUGGCUAUGUCAAUGUCCCUGCAGUCGGGAUGCUGCAUCACGAGUGCUGACCUGAGCGCACUUCACAACCCCCUGGAGCCACGUUUGGAGGAUUGGUGACUGAUUUGUUUUCUGCAGCUUGAUGGGGUCUUCGCAGAAGUGAAUCAAGGAUCAAGAUGGUUGAGUUCCCUCUUAGCUGAGCAGCACUUGCAGCAGCUCUUGGUGCUAAUAUCCAUUAUAUGAAUAAUCAACAAGUUGCUUACUCUCCCUUGUAUUUUAUGAAGCCGCUAAUGCUACCAGGCAGCACAUACCAUAUCUAUUUUUGCUGGAAGUGUUUCAAAUACAAUUCAAUUUACUCGUUGAACUGUA